CGCGUCGCGACGGGCCUAAACGUCGAGGAGGGUUGUCAGGUAUAUCCUCCGACCGCACCGUGCCUCUCCCACCACCUCUGAUUCGGCGAGAACUCGGCAAGGGUGACACCCACCCCUCGAAAAAAGCCCUUCGGGGGGUGAGUUUCCGGCUUUCGAGGUCGACAGCUCCGGCUCUACCAACUACAGUCACUCAACGGCCUGUCGGCAUUACGGUUCUUCCGACCCCCGUGCUUUUCACAGCUGACUCUUUAUCGCCGCGCCGUUCCCUCUCGAUACGGAUCUUCUUGGUGGACCACGUUCUUCCUGUCCCGAGGAAGAUGAUUUAAACGGUUCCCUCGACCCGCCUUACCGGUCAAUCGUCUUCCGAGUGUCGCUGUCCCGAGGACAUCUCUCCGAGAGACGCGUGGACGCUCGUUAUGUGCGCGACACCGUACGCGAACAGUAUCGUGUGAUGUUUGUAACGCGGUGAGUGAGACGAUCAGUGUGCGUGGUGUAUCAUCUUUUGGAAGAGGCUCGAGGAACAGUCCGGAGAAGAAAGCGGACGAACCAGCAUCGAUCGCCGAAGAAACGAUGAGGCUUUGGGUGAUUAUCGGCGCCCUCGUGGUCGCGAUACACGCGUCCAUCGCGGAAAUCACCAGGAACAAGAAUCGCGGCAGAGGAUCCAUGUGGUGGGGAAUCGCCAAGGCAGGAGAACCGAACAAUUUUUUGCCAAUGUCUCCGGCAUCCCUGCACAUGGAUCCCACGGUGUACGCGACCUUGAGGAGAAAGCAACGAAAACUGGCCAGAGAAAACCCAGGAGUCCUGAUGGCUGUGGCCAGGGGUGCGAAUCAGGCGAUCGCCGAGUGUCAACAUCAGUUUCGCAAUCGUCGAUGGAACUGUUCCACCAAGAACUUUCUGCGUGGGAAAAAUUUGUUCGGAAAGAUCGUCGACAGAGGUUGUCGAGAGACCGCCUUCAUAUACGCCAUCACCAGCGCGGCUGUGACUCACAGCAUCGCGCGAGCGUGUAGCGAGGGCACCAUCCAGUCGUGUUCCUGCGACUAUACCCACCAAUCGCGACCACCAUCCGCCGUGAGGGACUGGGAAUGGGGUGGCUGUUCCGACAACAUCGGCUACGGCUUCAAGUUCUCCCGCGAAUUCGUCGACACCGGGGAACGGGGACGGAACCUGCGCGAGAAGAUGAAUCUGCACAACAACGAGGCGGGUAGAGCGCACGUGUCAUCGGGGAUGCGUCAAGAUUGUAAAUGUCACGGGAUGUCCGGUUCCUGUACCGUGAAGACCUGUUGGAUGAGGUUGCCGAACUUCCGCGUGGUCGGUGACAACCUGAAGGAUCGAUUCGACGGCGCGUCUCGGGUGAUGGUGAGCAAUUCGGAUCGCGUGCGAGGCAACGGGAACGCGAUCGUCAGCAACUCCGCGAGUAAUUCGGUGCACGGGCACCGGGACGGUCUCGGUCGUCGACACCGGUACAACUUCCAGCUGAAACCUUACAACCCGGAGCACAAACCACCCGGGCCGAAGGACCUGGUCUACCUGGAGCCUUCGCCGCCGUUCUGCGAGAAGAAUCCGAAGCUCGGCAUCUUGGGCACCCACGGCAGACAGUGCAACGACACAAGCAUCGGCGUCGAUGGCUGCGAUCUCAUGUGCUGCGGCAGGGGCUACAAAACGCAGGAGGUGACGGUCGUAGAGAGAUGCGCCUGCACCUUCCAUUGGUGUUGCGAGGUCAAGUGUCAACUCUGUAGAAUCAAGAAGACGAUACACACGUGCCUGUAGUCCUUCUAACGUUUCACCGGCGAAGAGACUACCCCCUUCCGGGCGAAGGACGUGUCCGUAGUCUCUCGUAGGCAACGAGGUGAUCGUAUUCCCAUCGCGUCGACGUGUACUUUUUCGAUCUGUAACCCUCGAUAAUGAAACCCUCGAUAAUGAAAUAACGAAACACCGACGCGAUGCAUACUCGGAAAGUCGCGACGACUAACGAAAGGGUGAUCUUCGAAACGAUCGUAGGAGGGUCUCGUUCGUUCGGGGUCUUCCCCGUCUCCCCAGUAUUACGCGAAACGAUCGAGAGACCAUGCGAAGACUGACACGCCGAGAAACGUUGGACGGUUCGCGAUCGUAAGCUUUUUAGGACGGUAGAUGUAAAUCGGCGGAUCCUCGUGGUCUUUUCUUUUUUUUUAACGUUGUACAUACGAUAAUCGUUUAAUUUUUACGCGAGUACGUUCCCUUUCUUUUUAUCGCUUCGAAACAACGAGCUUCGAACUUGCACGUGCCUCUCCUUCUAGAUCGACGAAACGCGUGCGAGAUUCACCAGAUUCGUUAUUUAUUCCGAUCUUUAUGGCUCGCGUUCUUGUAUAUACAUAUAGAUGGUAGUUAUAUAAAUAUAUAUAUAUAUACAUAU